UCGAAUUUCCAGUUCCGGCCUCACAGGGACGGACAGAAGGUGGGGAAUAUGCGGCUGUCGGCGGCAGCAGCCAUCUCUCACGGUCGUGUAUUUCGCCGUCUGGGCCUUGGUCCAGAGUCCCGUAUCCACCUGCUGCGGAACUUGCUUACAGGACUCGUGCGACACGAACGCAUAGAGGCCUCAUGGGCGCGCGUGGACGAAAUGAGAGGCUACGCCGAGAAGCUCAUCGACUAUGGGAAGCUGGGAGACACCAACGAACAGGCCAUGCGCAUGGCUGACUUCUGGCUUACGGAGAAAGACUUGAUCCCAAAGCUGUUUCAAGUACUGGCCCCUCGCUACCAAGGUCAGAAUGGGGGCUACACGAGAAUGCUGCAGAUCCCAAAUCGGAGUAAGCAGGAUCGGGCCAAGAUGGCAGUGAUCGAGUAUAAAGGGAACUGCCUCCCACCCCUGCCCUUGCCUCGCAGAGACAGCAACCUUACUCUUCUAAACCAGCUGCUUCAGGGGUUGCAGCAGGACCAGAAAGCAAGCAUCCACGGCUCCCACACAGCUCAAACACCAGGGAUUUAACAGGAGCCAAACGGGUGUGUGUCAUACUCAUCAAUGCCUAUGAUCAUUUUGGAGCUCUUUUAAUCUCUAAGAAGAACUGGAGCUAGAGUUGUUAAUGGACAGUCUUAAUGGAGCCAAGAAGCUUCUGGGGAGCCAGAUAAUCAUCUCUUUGCAGAAUAGAUAAAAUUCCUUGUGUGAAUAUAUGAAUGUAUAAGGGUGGGUUUUUUUUUCUCCUCUUGAGAUUUUUGGAGAAUGAGAACUAAUCAAAGGCUCAGUCUCCAUGGGUUAGUAAAUUCAUUGCUUAUG